UUCACGCAGUUAACCCUCUUCUUUGCACUCCUCAGCCCAAGUCUGCCAUGGCUCGGCUCUACCACCUGACCCUCCUCUCCGUCUUCCUCUUCCUGCUCCUCACCGGCCUCGUGGCCGCUGACCUGUCCGGAGGCAAGAAGGUUGGCAAGAAGGUGAUCAUGACGGUGCGGUACCCGGUAGCCGGUUCGGGGGAGAAGGUCACCAUCUCAACCCACCUCGUUGGCGAGGGCGGGGUCGGCGAGAGCCACUUCAAUCUCGACGGCGACGACUACGAGCCCAUCAUUUUCGCCACGAAAAACCUUGUCUCGGCCCUGGAGAAGGUAGGAGAUCCGCAAGCCUCUCUAUCCGAGUUGAGUAGAACGUGAGUGCUCAGUGCUCAGUUGUGAUUGCAUGCCCAGCCAGUGGAAACUAAUUGGAGAUGGAGCUCCUCUUUUCUUUCGUGUCAGGGAGAAUACAUUAGCCGCCUUUUAUUUUGUUGUUGUAGUACCGAAUGCAAGAAGCGUAUCCGGUGGCCUAUUAUUUAGGCUGUAGUGAUGUGGUAUUGUGCAGGGGGUGCUAGAGUCUCUCUUCAAUUUCUCUGUGCAUCUCUGUGUAUCUUGGAUUCUGUCCGAGAAAGAAAAAAAUUCAUUGUGUUUCAAUU